ACAUCUGGUUUUGUCAAUUUGUUUUUAUUUGGCAUUUUGUGGCAGUAAGUGUGCGGCAAAUUGUAAUUAUAAUCUAAACUGUUGUUAGUUUUAUAGAAUUAAAGCAAUGUUCUCCCUGUUGCAUAAAGAAGAGGCUGCACACGACGAUGGAAUUUGGUCAUGCUCUUGGGGACGCCUACACCCAGAAGAGGAACAAUCCGAAAAUAAUGCUGACCCAGAAAAAGACCCGGACGCUAGUAAUGAUUCAAUGUUCGGCAAAAAGAAACCUGACCCGGUUGAUUUUAUUGUGACCGGCGGACUGGAUGAUUUGGUGAAAGUUUGGGAUAUUCGAGACGAUGAUCAAUUAAAACUACGUCACACCUUGAAAGGACACUCUUUAGGUGUUGUUUCUGUGGCUGUCAGUCCAGAUGGAAAAACAAUCGCGAGUAGUUCUUUAGACUCAAGCCUCUGCUUUUGGGACUCUAAAACUGGGGAACAAAAGCAUUUGCUUUCGUUUGGGCCGGUUGAUCUGUGGACUGUAGCUUUUUCUCCCUGCAACAAAUAUGUGAUUUCGGGAUCUAAUGAUGGAAAAAUUUCAAUGUAUAGCGUUGAAACUGGAAAGGUGGAGCAAGUAUUAGAUCCCCAAAAUGGAAAAUUUACGCUAAGCAUUGCCUAUAGUCCAGAUGGGAAAUACAUAGCAAGUGGUGCUAUAGAUGGUAUUAUUACUAUAUUUGAUGUGGCUGCGGGCAAAGUGGCGCAAACUUUGGAAGGUCACGCCAUGUCGGUUCGAAGCUUGUGCUUUUCGCCAAACUCGCAGAUGCUGCUAACUGCUUCAGAUGAUGGGCAUAUGAAACUAUACGAUGUAGCUCAUUCGGACGUCGCGGGUACUUUAUCUGGUCAUGCCUCGUGGGUGCUGUGUGUUUCGUUCUCCGAAGAUGGCAAACAUUUCGCUUCUUCUUCUAGUGAUAUGAGCGUAAAAAUUUGGGAUUUCGCCGAACGCAAAUGCAUGCAUACAUUUUCAGAACAUAGUGACCAAGCUUGGGGAGUAAAAUACAGUUUAUCAGAUGACAAAGUUAUAUCUGUAUCGGAAGACAAAUCUUUGAAUUUGUAUAAUUGUCCGCCUAACAUUAUUGUUUAACAUAACUCAAUAAAAAUUGAAUAUUUUAAAUCGGUUUGAUUUCGACG